AUGACAAAAUCAAGAAAGCAAAAGCAAAAGAAGAAAGAUUUUCUAAGAAAAAAGUUGAAAGUUGGUAAGCCGAAGGAAAAAGCAAGCAAUGCUACCGAUACUUCUUUUGUUUCCAAAACCAUCUCCAUAAGAAACCAACAUCUAGACCAAGAUCCGCAUGAUCUGACGAAACGAUUAACGCUGUUAAAACAUCAUAACAUCAAUGUUAGAAAAGAGACUCUGAUAAAGUUCCAGAAAUCAAUACCUUCCAUAAUAAAUUCACGACUUAUGACACCACUGCUCACUCAAAGUAUACCGUUAAUUUGCGAUGAAUCGCAGCAAGUACGCCAGGGGCUAAUCGACCUUAUAGACGAGAUAGGUAGCCGUGAUGCUGAGAUUCUGAAAUUGCACUGCAACAUUUUUGUCUUAUACAUUAAUAUGGCAAUGACCCAUAUUGUUACGCAAAUUCAGGCGGACUCCACAAAGUUUCUUUCUCACUUGUUGAAGUUUUGUAGCGAUGAAGUAGUAAGAAAAUCUUGGGUUAAACUUCUCAAUGGUGUUUAUGGAGUUCUUGGUUGGGGCCAAGUUGGUAAAAAUGAAAGUGCAAGUGUAGUACAAACAAAGAAGCGAAACGCUAAGUAUGUUAGUAUUCAUCUCAGUGCCCUAUACACACUUGUUGAAUACGGAUGUCAAGAUGAAUCUGCCAGGGGUGACAACGACGCAGCACAGUCUUUGGAACACACCAGUGAGUUACGAAACCCAUAUUUAAUUCCUGAAUACCCUCAGCCGUUUGAGCAUUUGAAACUGUUUACCAGAGAACUGAAAGUCAAGGAUGCAGCGGCAAAUGGAGCCAAUGCUGCUCUAUUGUCGUUGGCUACACAAGACAUCGAUACUCGUAGAGCUGCUUUCAGCGAACAAUUUCUGCCCAUAGUACGCAAACAAAUUGAAAUCAUCAUUAAAGAAGGGGGUGAGUGCGGUAAAAGUGCAAACAAUCUUAAGAAGCUGCUUGCAAAAGUCUUCGACUAA